GUACAGUUGUGUGUUCAUGUUUAAAUUGCAGCCAUUACUAAAUUAGGAACUGUUGUCAGUUUAAGUCGUAGCAGAAUGGCAAAGAAAAUAUUUGACAUGUUUAUAUUCUUCAGUUUAAGCUUAUGGAGUGGUGUGUUUGGUGGUGAUGCAGUGAAGUCAGAGUCAGUGACGGAGGGAGAGUCGGUUACUCUAGAAAUUGAUGAUACUACAGAUAAUGAGACACGGUGGAGAUUUGGACACAAGCACAUUCUCAUAGCUCUAAUCAACAGAGAAAAUGGAAAGAGAAACGUUCAUGAUGAUGCUCUUGAUGGGAGAUUCAGAGGCAGACUGCAGCUGGAUCAGACUGGAUCUCUGACCAUCACAGACACCAGAACCACAGACUCUGGACUUUAUGCAGUAAUCGGCAGCAGAACACAGACGCCACUCAACACAUUCAAUCUUACCGUCUAUGCUCGUCUUUCUGUUCCUGUCAUCAGCAGAAACGGUUCAUCACCUUCAUCCUCAGAGCAGAGUUGUUCAUUGUUGUGUUCAGCUGUGAAUGUGAGUCAUGUGAGUGUCUCCUGGUUCAGAGGACACAGUUUAUUGUCCAGCAUCAGUGUGUCUGAUCUCAGCAUCAGUCUCUCUCUACCUCUGGAGAUCGAGUGUGUGGAUGCUUCCUACAGCUGUGUGAUCAACAACUCCAUCAGCAACCAGACCACACAUCUCAACACUCAACUCUGCAAGCCAUGUGCAGCCCAUAUCUGCUCUUGUGGUGUUACUGAAGCUGUGAUCCGAUUGGCUCUCUCUGCUCUGGUGGGCGUGGCUGCUGUGGCUGUUCUUGUUUAUGACAUCAGAUCCAGAAGUCUUCGACAGAAGAGAGAGCAGACGUCACCAAGCUCUGAUUAAUCAGAUACUCAGGAAAGUGGAGAUGUUGCUGAACAACUGUAGACAUUUUAUUAUAAAAAUGUAAGCUAUGAUUAAUGUUGUUUGUUUAAUGUGUGCUUUUUUAGUAGCUAAAUGUAUGACAUUGUAAAUGUAUUUGUCUUGUUGGUGAACACUGUAAAAAAAAAUAAGUUGUUAAGUAAGUUCAACUUAAAAUAAUUUGUUACCUGGCUGCCUUAAAAUCUUGCGUUCAAUAAGCUAAAAAACAUUUGUUGUUCACACAUAUAUUGGAGUUCCUUAAACCUAGAUUUAAUAGUUGGGGUAACAAAGGAGAAGCUGAAUCAACUUUAUACUUUGUAUAACCAACAUGUUUUUAGUAAGCCCAACUAGACGAGAAAGUUGUACCAAACUAAAUUCAAGUUGAAACAACACAAAAUUAGUGAGACCAACAAACGCAGAGUUGUUUAAACUAAGCAUUUUGUUGAAUAAACUUGUAAGUAUAAGUUCUGCAAACGUAAUACAAAUUGGCCAAACUAAGCGUCUUGUUGAAUUAACUUAUAUUUUUAAGGCAGCCAGGUUACUUUUUCAAGAAUAGUUCAUCUUACUAGUGAUGUUAAGUUCAUUCAACUGGCUGAACUAUGUAAUUUGCCCACACAACUCAAGUUUCUAUUUUCUACUCACAUAAAAUAAAAUACAUUGCAUGUU